AUGGAUGCCCCGAAAAUUCCCAGAAAGAACGCCACAGGCCCUCUGACCUCCAAUUCGCUCUCUCCCUUCCACCAUGCCCAUUCCUCCAUGAUGGAAGAGGAUCGCUCACGUCGAGCUGCCAGUGUACUAUCUAUGGAUGAUAUCGAGGCCGCGCAGGCCUUGGAGGGACUGCGUUCCGACUUCGGCCAGUCUCCUCGAGCAUCACGACAAUCCCUUCCCAUCGCUUCACCGGACCCACCACCACCAGAGCCACUACUGUCGCUAUUGACGUCCUCUCAUCCCCUUAUAUCUUCUGCGAUUAACGGCUCCGUGUCUGCGUACGCAACCUCGAAGUCAUACUCGCCGCGUUUCAAGUCCGGCGCCGAAUUUAUUGAGCGAAACAUUGGCUCACCUGUCGCAAACACUGUCGGCACAGUUGGUCGCAAGACUGGUGUCGAGAGUGGUCUUCGUUGGGCGCUCCAGCGACGAGACUCUACAAACUCAGACUCCAAGCACGCCAAGAAACGUCGCAAGAUGGACGGUAAUGUGUCGCCCAGAACGAUGGAUAUUGAGAAAGGACAGGACGGCGCAGCGCACCCAUCACGACCACGGAGUUCCUCAGACCUGUCUAUGUCGGAGUCACUGCCACCGUAUGACGAGAUGAGGUCACCCCACUACGAAGAGAAGCAAGGACGGCGCUCUUCGCCGACAUGGCAGAGCCGACUAGUUAUUUCAACAUCCGGUCUCGGUGUUGCUAUGAGCGACGAGUCGCUGCGCAGCCUGCAAUAUUGUCUGACCUGGCUUCGGUGGGCCAACGGACGACUCGGCAAGGCGAUUAUAGCCCUGCAGAGUGCCGUGACCGAGUGGGAAAACCAAAAGGCCCACCAGCAGGGUCAAUCACAGGACGUCGAGGCUGGAGGUAGUCGCCAGGAGAAUGCUUCUCUCCUGAUCCAGCGCAUUCAAGCUGUCAAGGCAGAUGUCCUUUCAACACUCAAACAGGUGGUCGACGUGGUGUCCAAGUAUGCGGGCGGUGCUCUACCAGAGAACGCCCGCCAUCUGGUGCGUCGACACCUUACCUCUUUGCCGCACCGCUUCCAAGUUGCAUCCACCUCGCAGCCACCACCAGACUCUCCGGCCGCAUCGUCCGACGCAACAGUCAGCGCUCACCGUAUCCUUGUCCUGGCCAAUGAAGGUCUAGACAUGAUGGCACAAGUCAGCGGUGUCGUCAAUGAUACGUUGGUCAGUGCUGAGCACUGGUGUGAGCGCCUGGGCCGAAAGCGACCCGAGAACCGAGCUGGAUCCGAUAUGCCGGAGAAGCAGGGUGAAUCCGCUGCUAGUCCUGACGCUCAACCCUACGGCAUGGAUAUCAAGCAACAUGUUCUCCCUGAGACUGCUCACCAGGAGGACGUUCAGAUGUCCGGUAUGGAGAAGGCUUAA